AUGGCAGCAAGCAGCGACGAAACACCAGUGGUUCUCAUCACAGGAUGUUCUCAGGGAGGAAUCGGCCACGCGCUGGCUCGUGAGUUCUCGGCGAACGGCUGUCGAGUGGUGGCCACGAGCCGAUCUCAGAGCACGAUGGCCGAUCUGGAGAAAGAUCCCAAACUCUCCGUGGAGGAGCUCGAUGUUCAAUCGGAGCAGAGCGUGAGUAAAGUUCUUUCCAAAAUCAUCGACAAAUUCGGUCAGAUCGACGUUCUCGUCAACAACGCCGGAGUCAAUUGCAUCGGACCUCUCGCUGAGACUCCAAUUUCCGCCAUGGAAAACACCUUCAACACCAACGUAUUCGGUGCGAUGAGGAUGACUCAAGCCGUUGUGCCUCACAUGGCGUCUAAGAAGAAGGGAAAGAUUGUGAACAUAGGAAGUAUCAGCAUAAUGGCACCAGGACCAUGGGCUGGUGUUUACACUGCAUCAAAAGCUGCUCUUCACGCACUUACCGAUACAUUAAGGUUGGAGCUUAAGCCAUUUGGGAUUGACGUGAUCAACAUUGUCCCAGGAGGGAUUCAAUCAAACAUAGCUGAUUCAGCGAUAUCGAGCUUCAACAAGUUACCUGAAUUGAAACUGUACAAGCCGUUCGAGGAAGCGAUACGUGAGAGGGCGUUCUUGUCACAGAACAUAAAGCCAUUACCUACGGAGACGUUUGCGAAAGAGACUGUGUCUGUGGUGAUGAAGAAAAACCCACCGGCUUGGUUCUCUACAGGGAGAUUAUCCACCGUUAUGGCGAUCAUGCACCAUAUGCCCAUUUUCAUCAAAGAUUUUCUCCUUACUAAGAGCUUCAUGAAGAAGGGAGCCAAAGUUGAGUAG